AUGGAUGAGAUUUAUAGACGCUGCUGGUUAGUUUUUAAAAAGGCCUCAAGUAAAGGACCAAGAAGGCUAGAAAAAUUCCCAGAUGAAAAAGCCGCCUACUUUAGGACAUUUCAUAAAGUAACAGAACUGCACAAUAUCAAAACUAUAACACGACUGCCUCGAGAGACCAAGAAACAUGCCGUAGCAAUUAUCUUUCAUGAUGAGACUUCAAAGACAUUUGCCUGUGAGUCAGAGCUGGAAGCAGAGGAAUGGUGCAAGUCACUAUGUAUGGAGUGUUUAGGAACAAGACUUAAUGACAUAAGCCUUGGUGAACCAGACCUACUAGCUGCUGGAGUGCAAAGGGAACAGAAUGAGAGGUUCAAUGUAUAUCUUAUGCCAACACCAAAUUUAGACAUCUAUGGAGAAUGCACAAUGCAGAUCACACAUGAAAACAUCUACCUGUGGGAUGUUCACAAUGCAAAAGUGAAGUUGGUUAUGUGGCCUCUAAGCUCUUUAAGAAGAUAUGGAAGGGAUUCCACGUGGUUUACCUUUGAAUCAGGAAGAAUGUGUGACACGGGUGAAGGGCUAUUUACAUUUCAAACAAGAGAAGGAGAGAUGAUCUAUCAGAAAGUCCAUUCUGCAACACUGGCGAUAGCUGAGCAGCAUGAAAGGCUUAUGUUAGAACUGGAGAAAAAAGCCAGACUGCAGACUAGUUUGACUGAACCAAUGACAUUGUCCAAGUCCAUAUCCCUUCCUCGGAGCGCGUAUUGGCAUCAUAUCACCAGACAAAACAGCGUUGGUCAAAUUUACAGCUUACAAGGGUGUCUGAUGGGAGAUUCUUCAGAUUUCUUGGUUUCAUGGUCAAGGACUGAUGACAUCAAGCCAGGGAUGCAGGUAACCGUUUCAGUACAACAAAGAUGUCUCGUGCACAGACGUUUUCCAGCUACUCCUCUGAGUCGUGCAAGAAGUACCAGCAGCCCUUGUCGGUGUUUAGUGGCUAUGACUCCAUCUACUGCUCGUGCAUCCUCUAGUGACAUUCAGAAGGCUAUUGACUACAGAGACAAUGUGAACUGGAAUCUGAACGUUGGCUCAUCAAGUCAUCUGCACCCUGUGCACUCAAGGAAUAUGAGUUACAAUGAAAGCAGAGAUCGGGGAUUCCAAAUGGAAAACUAA